AUGACAGCAGCACCGAAACGCCGCCUCGCGGCUCUCUCCGAACAACUCACCAACGGCAUCCCCAGCACGGGGACAUUCGAAAACAUCCCCCGAAUCCGCUCCGUGGCACCCAGCCCCUCCGCCGGACAACGGGUUCAGGGAAAAGUCGUGAUCGUGACGGGCGCCAACAGCCCAAUUGGUAUCGGCCGGGCCUCCGCACACCAGUACGCGCAGAAUGGGGCCAAAGCGGUGUACAUCUGCGACUUCGACACAACGUACCUCGAAACGCACAAGCGGGAGCUCGCCGAACUCUACCCGGCCACGAAAAUCCACGCGGUCAAGGUCGACGUUGGUGAGGAGUCAGAAGUCAAGGCGGUGGUCGACGACGCGCUCGCAACGUACGGAAGACUGGACAUCAUGUUCGCGAACGCGGGGAUCGUGGGAGUGCCAAACACGUUUGAGCAUAUUUCGCCCGAGGCGUUUAUGCGGACGAUGCGAGUGAACGCGCUGGGCGUGUUUCUGUGCUUCAAGCAUGCGGCGCUCGCGAUGCAGAAGACCAGCGAGGAGAAGAAAUACCCCGGCGGCAGCAUUCUGGGAACGGCCUCGGUUGCAGGGCUCAGGUCGAAUGCUGGAGGCACAGAUUAUAGUGCCAGCAAAGCGGCCGUGGUCUCCUGUGCGCAGACGAUGGCAUAUCAGCUUGCUGGCACGGGAAUUCGCGUGAAUGCGUUGUGCCCGGGAGUCAUUGAGACGGGCAUGACGAAGCCGAUGUUCGAUGCGGCACGGUCAAGAGGGACGGAAAGGAAAAUAGGGCAAUUGAACCCGCUCCAGAGAGGAGCGGUGGCAGAUGAAGUAGCUAGGGUUGCACUGUUCCUGGGCAGUGACGAGUCAAGCUAUGUAAAUGGUCAAGCAUGGGCUGUGUGUGGUGGACUCAGCGCUGGCCAUCCCUUUGUUCCUGGCAAGAUAGCAUAA